AUGUCUUGGCAAGAGCUGUCUGCUCAAGGCCGCCGCUUCCGCCUUAUCCGGCGCUUUUGCAUUCGGCAGCCCGGAGGCAAGUUGCGGGUGAUCGACGAUGCUGCUGACGGACGCCAGUCCGCACUUAGUGCCGACUGCAACCGGCUGGACCUGUGCACAGCAAUCCAGCCUGGCAUUCAUGUGAGACUUUUCUGGCAGGCCUUUCGCACACAUCAGCCCCACCUGCAAUCCAUUGACUUCGAGACUGGCGGCGAAGAUCUUCCUCAUGCAUAUCGACACGUUCCAAUGACCCCGUCUGAAUCUUGGCGAUGCAUCGUGGCCUACCACGACUUUGAGACACAGCAACCUCGUUUUUCGAAGGUACUUCGGCCAACGUCGUCUUCUACUGUCAUCCAGAUGUCCUCCGGGGAGAUCCAAUCUGCUGGCUGGCAGUCGUAG